AUGGAUGGCUACUCAACAGAAGACAAGCGACGAAUUUUACAACAGGAAAUUCAGGUCUUUGCUGAAACAGUUAACCCUAAAGUUAAACCAAAAUUCACUGCUGAACUGCAAAACUCGCUUAUUGAAAGUCUUCUGGAUGGAACAGUUUUCGCAAUAGUUGAUUCCCUUAAGGAUCUUCAGAGGAUGCGUGAAACACAACUUUACGACAACCGUCAACAAAGACUGGUGGAGUUGCAGACUGUACCAGACUUAGAAGAGCAGAUGCGGCUGAUAGAUGUAAAUAUAGUGCAAGAGCUUGAUAAGGUGAUUGUUGCCGAUCAACAAAAUACCCUUUCUCGUGCGGGGGUGCCUAAUUUUCGUGUAACAAAAAAUGAAAACGAAAUAGUCCUACAAAUGGAAAUUAUUAGGUUUAUAACGACAGUCAUUAACAAGCAUCUUUGA